CUGUGAGCGAAACAUACAAUUCACAAAGCCACUGCACAGUAGCAGCAUUAAACAACUUGCUUAACCUGCCGUGCAGGUAGUUGAGAUCUUUUGCGCUUCUAAGUAAUUUGAAAUAAGGCGGGCACUUUUGAAAAAAUGAUGGGCUUUGGCAGAUUUAGGAAUUUGUGUAAUGAAUGAACAAUGAUUUGACCCAAUUUAACAUUGUCUCGCGGAAUACGAGGACAGCUAAAUGGAGAUAAUUCUGGAAGCCAGCAAAUACAAGUGCUCGAUCUGUAGUUUUGCGGUCCUGAAUCACACUGGAAAAUCCACUUCACGUUUUCUACUGGAAGACCACUUCAGAGUACUGAGCAUCCGUAGAUCUGUACACCUUUGGACUGUGGGUGUAAACCCACGCAGACACGGGAAGAAUGCGUUCAAAAAGUUGCCCAAAGUUGGAAUCCAACCUUAGUCCUCUGUCGGUAUGAAAUAGCAGUGCUAACCACUGUGCCACAGCGGCGCCCCAUUUGGAUUGAAGGUGCGCAGCUUUCAAUUCAGACCUUUCCGUUGGGCACUGGCGAUGAUUUUUGCAAUCGAGGAAAUAAAUAACGAUACAGCUCUACUUCCCGGUGUCACACUGGGAUACCGCUUGUACGAUUCUUGUAAGUUGACGCAAUUAUCGCUAAAAGCAGCUAUGGCGUUUCUGAACAAACCCGAGGCAAACGAACCUUCUGUUAAGUGCAAAAACUCCUCCACUGUUUCUGCGAUUGUUGCUGAUUCUGGAUCCACGAGGUCUUUAGCAAUUGCACCUUCCAUCGGUACCUUCAGAAUCCCUAUGGUUAGUUACUUUGCAACCUGUGCGUGCCUGAGCAAUAGAAAGGAAUAUCCAUCAUUUUUUCGAACAAUACCAAGUGAUUACUAUCAGGCUAAAGCAUUAGCUCAGCUGGUGAAACAUUUUGGAUGGACCUGGAUCGGGACAGUUAAGAGUGACGAUGACUAUGGAAACUUUGGAAUGCUAGCAUUUGAAGAGGCAGUUCAACAGUUAGGCGUUUGUAUAGCCUUUUCCGCGUCAUUUCAUAUAACACAUGCUCAAGAGAAGUUAAUGAAAACCAUCGACACCAUAAAAACCUCUUCUACAAAAGUUGUCGUUGCCUUUGUGGGAGAAUCAAACAUGCGUACUCUACUAAAAGAAAUGAUUAGACAAAAUGUCAGCGGCAUACAAUGGAUUGGAACUGAAUCAUGGGUUUCCUCUUUGCUUCUUCCUCCGGAGGAAAGUAAAAAGAUUGCUACCGGGACAAUUGGAAUUGCAAUUCGUAAAUUCGGUAUACCAGGGUUGAGGGAGUUCCUAAUGAAAGUUCAUCCAACCUCGUAUCCAGAGAACCUCUUGGUAAAAAAGUUUUGGGAAAGUUGUUUCGGCUGCACUUUAAGUGGUGGAAACAAAACAUAUUCUCGAAAAACUGAAUCAGAUAUUAAGGAAUGCACAGGAAGAGAAAAUUUACAGAAUGUCCAAAAUGAUUUUACUGAUGUGUGGCAGUACAGAGUGACAUACAAUGUGUACAAAGCAACUUAUGCGAUAGCUCAUGCACUUCACAAUAUGGUGUCAUGUAAAACUGGGGAAGGACCUUUCUCCGAUGGGAGUUGUGCAAACAUUUCAAACUUUCAACCAUGGCAGUUGCUAUAUUACAUGAGAACAGUGAAUUUCAUAACCAAGAUUGGCGAAAAGGUUUAUUUUGACGAAAAUGGAGACCCUGUCGCAACAUAUGACAUUGUAAACUGGCAACCAAAUGCCCUCGAUGACAUUGACAUUGUAAAUGUUGGGCACUAUGAUGGAUCAGCUAGUUCUGGAAAAGAAUUUUCGAUAACAGAAGGGGUAAUUGUUUGGAGUGGCGGUCAGAAGUCGGUUCCUAAAGCUUUUUGCUCUGAAAGCUGCCAGCAUGGAACAAGGAAAGUAGGAAGAAAAGGGCAACCCAUUUGCUGUUUUGAUUGCGUACAAUGUGCACAAGGUGAAAUUAGUAACAUGACUGAUUCCAUUUCCUGCAUAAAAUGUCCAUUGGAAUUCAAAUCUAAUGAAAGGCGGGAUGAGUGCAUUCCAAGGGAAAUCGAGUUUCUUUCCUUUUCUGAGACAAUGGGAAUCAUUCUGGUGACACUGGCGCUGUUUGGAGCCUGCACCACUGUUGGUGUGUUCGCAAUAUUCUACAUCUACCGACACACUCCGAUUGUGAAAGCUAAUAAUUCUGAGUUAAGCUUCCUUCUUCUUUUUGCCCUGACACUUUGUUUUCUGUGUUCAAUUACAUUCAUUGGGGAACCUUCAGUUUGGUCUUGUAUGCUCUGCCACGCAGCGUUUGGUAUUAGUUUUGUUCUUUGUAUUUCUUGUGUAUUGAGUAAAACAAUUGUUGUGGUGAUGGCGUUCAAAGCAACAUUUCCCAGCAAUAAUAUGAUGAAGUGGUUUGGACCAAGACAACAACGGCUGAUGGUUUACAUCCUCACACUGGUACAAUGUGCAAUAUGUACUACCUGGUUAAUUGUAUUUCCACCUUAUCCUUUGAAAAACACUAGUCACUCAAAUGAAAUAAUUGUGUUUGAGUGUAAUGUAGGAUCUUUGUUAGCCUUCUACAGUGUACUCGGUUAUAUUGGAUUUCUGUCCUGUGUGUGCUUUGUGGUGGCGUUUCUCGCUCGAAAACUUCCAGAUAACUUCAAUGAAGCUAAACACAUAACGUUUAGCAUGCUUAUCUUUUGCACAGUUUGGAUAACUUUCAUUCCAGCGUACAUAAGUUCGCCAGGGAAAUAUGCUGUGGCGGUUGAAGUAUUUGCUAUUUUGGCCUCCAGCUUUGGUCUGGUUAUUUGCAUUUUUGCUCCAAAAUGCUAUAUUGUUCUUCUGAAGAAAGAAAACAAUACAAAGAGGAACAUGAUGGGCUUCCAAAAAAAGCUUUGAAAAUGUUCAUAAAUGAGGCCCGAAUAUUUUCGUAGUUAAUUGUUUUGUUCUAAUGAGAGUGAAUGGCAAUCCCAUGUGAAGAGCCAUAAAGCCGAAUGUUUUACCAGCACUCAUUUUACAUAAUUGAACAAAGCCACAAUGACCUGCAGGAAGUGCAAUUUUGUUGACAUUGUUGAUUAUUUUGUAAAUCUCUCCGAGUUUCUUUUAAUCAGAAUUGAAAACCAUGUCUGACCUAUUUUUAUUUAAAUAUGGUUCAAAGUCAUUUUUACUUUCCUCGUCUUGCCUUGAAUUUCUUCAUUGCUUGGAGUUUUGAUUUGCGACUUGCUUCAUCUAUCAAUAAAUUCUGAAACUUGGCCUAUUCAAGUGUCCAAAAUGGGUGGCUCACAUCGCUUUCGAAAAACACAUUAAUAAAAGUACCUUAACUGUGUUAAAUUGAGAUUGUGGGAGAUCGGUUUUGGAAGGGUGGGGUGAUUUUGGUCAUGGGAAAAGGGAUGGUUUUGGAAUCCUUGAGUUCACCAUUUUGGCGGUAAUGUGGAAAACUGAAUUUUCGGACUGUUUUAGAAUUAGUUUUCCAUUCAUAUUCCAAAGGAGCUCACAAAUAAUUUGCUUCUCCUGUUCUUCUCCUGUUGCAUAUCACUGAACCGCUGUAAUUCACUGAUACAUUGUAAAUUGGGCAUUUCAAAUUUAGCAAGUCAGUUCUGGAAUAUUUGCUCUUCACUCAGACUAUCACGUAGUAAAUGCAUAGAUUUCUACCUUGACUAUCAAGUACUGAAUGCAUAGUUUUCUACCUUGUUUGAAACCAAUUCAGAUUACAUUUUGUUGAUUUCAACACA